AUGAGACAGCGAAACAAAGUGCUAGAGACAGACAGUCCCACUGCAAAGUUCCUUUACACAAUUAUCAAGCAAUUAGACCUGAAAUCGAUUGAUUGGAAUCGUGUGGCCUCCGAUCUUGAUGUCUCAAAUGGCCAUGCCGCUCGUAUGCGGUAUUCGCGCUUCCGACAACAGAUGGAAGGAACUACAGGGGCAGCAAGAACAAAACGCAAAUCCAAGAAAGAGAAGAACGUAGAGCCUCCUCCCCACAUGCAAGGCACCUUUCCAAUGGGUCCAACUCUCGUCAUGCCCAUGGAACCAAUGGACUCAUCACUCCAGAGCAAUCCCUUCGUGAAGUGUGAGCCGGGCACUCAAGGAAACCCAAAUUUGCAGAGUGUCGUGCAAUACUCUCUACAGUCCAUGCCAGAGACUGCUAUGCAGGCACAGUACUACUUACCUCAGGAGUUUGCCUCGACAGAGUUUCAGCUGGCGUCAAAUAUGCCAUCUGGGCUACCAUCGCAUACUCCUGCAACAUCAUCUUUCAUGAAUCCUUAUCAAGCUCCGACCAUGGCAACCAGUUACCCUUAUACAUCGUCCAGCAUCCAAUCAGACCUUGACAUGCGUGAAUUUGAAAUUCCCUUUGCUGCCAUGAAUGUUGAACCCACCAUCACUUGGGAGCCACGCUCUCCGUCGCGACAGGAAGGAGGCCCGAUUGUGAAAAUCGAAGAAGAGCAGCAGGACUAUGGGGAAAUACCGAGCAUCGAGGUCAGCAAGACCUAUUCCAGCAAAUUCAGCAAGAUCCAUUCCAGAGAGAUCGGGUUCAGCAAGCCCAAAGUCAGCAAGCCCAAAGUCAGCAAGCCCAAAGUCAGCAAGCUCAAGGUCAGAAAGUUCAAAGUCGGCAAGACCCAUUCCAGCAAGUUCAGCAAGACCCAUUCCAGCAAGAGCGGGCUCAGCAGGCUCAAGGCCAACAAGUUCAAGGUCAGCAAGUUCAAGGCCAGCAAGUUCACGGUCAGCAAGCUCAAAGUCAGCAAGAACCAUUCCAGCAAGAUUGGGUUCAGCAAGCCCAAGGUCAGCAAGCCCAAGGUCAGCAAGCCCAAGGUCAGCAAGCUCAAGGCCAGCAAGCUCAAAGUCAUCAAGACCUACUCCAGCAAGGUCAGCAAGAACCAUUCCAGCAAGAUUGGGUUCAGCAAGCCCAAGGUCAGCAAGCCCAAGGUCAGCAAGCUCAAGGUCAGCAAGCUCAAGGCCAGCAAGCUCAAAGUCAUCAAGACCUACUCCAGCAAGUUCAGCAAGAUCCAUUCCAGCAAGAUCGGGUUCAGCAAGCCCAAAGUCAGCAGGCCCAAAGUCAGCAAGCCCAAAGUCAGCAAGCUCAAAGUCAGAAAGUUCAAAGUCGGCAAGACCCAUUCCAGCAAGAGCGGGCUCAGCAGGGUCAAGGCCAACAAGCUCAGGGCCCAAAAGCUCAAGGUCCACAAGCUCAAGUUCAGGAAGGUCGGGGUGUCGCUGUCAAAGUUGAAACGCUUCAAGACUGAGCCAUUGUGUUGGAGACUAUGA